GGUCGGUACAAACUGCAGAAAAUAGAGACUUAGGAUUUUCACACGUGUAUUUUAAUUCCCGAUUUCCACUUAUAAACACAUUUGGAAAAAAACGGACAACGGGUCAUUUGUUCGUUUUUCGUUUUCAUAAUCAACGCAAAAACCGGAAAACAGCUGGAUUCCCGAUUUUGAAGGAAAAUCCGUUGGCCGCCAAGUACACGCACCCUGCUGACUGUCACUGUAACGUUACCCGUGUGUAUUUUGCGAGCAGAGGCGCCGAAGUCACGGCGCAUGCGUCUUUUCUCUUUUGAUAUCUUAAUAUUUAAUAUCAAUGGCUGCCGUUACAUUUGUAACGCAUCACUUAAAUCAAGAAGGAAACCUUCAAGACAUUUGCUGAGCAUCAAGGUGAACAUUAGUCUGUUUUGAUUUAAUCGAUGAGCUUCGAUCAUAAGCAGUCGAUAUUCGUCCGUAUCACCAAAAUGGGAGUAAAAUUGCACAUUUAACCCUUUGCGCUCCGCUGUCGACAUUAAAGCGAGCAGAUCUGGCUCAUGUCCACAGAAGAUGAUGCGUCAGGUGUCCGGCAGCAGUGGGGAUUACUGCGUUAGUGGCAGGUCUUCAUGUUUUGCAGAGGAUGGAAGACUCGCGGCCAGUCACUUUGAUCUGUGCUCCACCAAGUUUUAUCCGUCGUUACCUCCUCAACGCUCACGGCAGAUGUGUGUCGCUUACCUGACCCCGCCAGCCCCAGUCAGCCCCAAAUCCACAUCGUUCCAGAGGGAAGACUGCCACGUGGAGCCGCGACCUCAGGCCCCCGCAGGCCUUCAGGAAAACGAGAAAGCCAAGGACUGUAAAAAAAAGGCCGCGCCCGGAAGGUCUGGGAAACGCGGGCGGCCGACUGGGACUACUAAACUAGCUGGUUACAGAACCAGCACGGGCAGGCCUCUGGGCACCACUAAGGCUGCUGGUUUUAAAACCAGCCCGGGUCGGCCGUUAGGCACAACCAAGGCCGCGGGUUAUAAGGUGAGCCCUGGUCGCCCACCUGGCAGCAUAAGGAGUCAGUCGCGCCUCGGUAAACUGGGCUAUACGGCAUGCAGUGGAGCCGCUUUCCCCUUCAGCAUCAUGCACAAACCUGGAGCAUGUGAAGAUGAGGAAACUAAAGAACCACCAAAAAUGUCCAUACAAGCACCACAGUUCCUCCUCAGUGGGUUCCCCAUACGAACCCCAAAAACACUGGUGCCGAUCAGCGUCGUGUCAUCCGAGGCGUUUUCCCAAGCGGUCACGUGUCCAGCUGACAGUCAGUCCAGAAACUCUCUGGCAUUACCACUCCACAGUGCUCUCCCAUCAUACUCAUGAAGAGAGUCCCAAUGAAACAACUUCCACAUCUGAACAUUACACAUUCACGUGAUGAUGGAGAGUUUCUUUUCCCUCAUCUUUCUUAGCGUAUAGUAAAAUGUACAUAUUACCACUGACUGUCUGUAUUCACAAGUCCAUUGCAUGUCUUGUUGGAUUAGUAAAGAGAAUAAUAAUGUAGUUGUUGCUUUAGAUCGAUUGACACAGUCACACAAUAAUGAAGAUGCUGAGAACGUCAGAUGGGUGCAAUAUUUUUAUUGAUGUCUCUUAAACAUCUCGUCCCCAUUCCAGCACUCUGCCAAAGAACUAAUGUGUGCAUGUUAAAUUUGAGAUUAAAAAGGUUUUCUCAUUUAUCAGGUUAUGCUUUUCGGCAGCCUAGGAAAACAAGAAACAGGCUCUUCAAAUACACAUGUUAACCAUUACACAUCUAAUAAUAUUUACUUUAGUAUUGUAUUUAUUAUUAAUGCGUAAACAAUAUUCUUGUUGUUUCCAUGUAACAGUGCUUCACAUGAGUAGUAAGGAACUGCGUAUGGCAUUCAUAACAGAUCUUUUAGUUGUUGCACUAUUGUACAAAUAAUCAUUGACAUACAUAGGCUUUUGUUCCUCUUUUUAUCCUCACACCUUCACUUUUUCCAUUUACUUUGUAAAACUGUUUGUGCAUGUGUGUGUACGUAUGUGUAUAUAUUUAUAAACACAGAAACUCAUUAAAUGUGAAACAAGA